CCUGGUUAUUAUGGACCAAAAGGUCAGAGUAUUAUUGCUGAAACUUUGCAAAAAAUUUAUGUGAACACCAAAAUUAUGACCAAGGUAUCUUGUGCUCCACAAACUCCAGUUAAAUACUUUUUUGAAGUUAUGAUCCUGGAAACUGCUGUCCAUCUCAUAAUAGAUAACUUGGGCUGUGAAUAUGAUAAAGCUAAAGAAACAAUAAACAAGAGUAUGGUAUAUGGAAAUAUAAUUAAUCCACUUGAUGAGAUUAACGAGAGUGAAAAUAAAAUCAAUGAAGUCUAG